GAGAUCACGCCCCAGAUCCAACCUUUGGUCGGAUGCGAGCGCGAACGCCAUGGGGAUAGCCCUGGAAGAGGGGGCUGGAAGCGAAAAUGGCGCGUCAGCCUUGACCGAGUAUAAGAUCUAUGUGGACCUUUUGUUGAAACCUUUGUCGCUGGAUGUCAUGCGUCAAGCCAUCUGCAAGCAGGGUUCAGGCCGACGCGCCUUAGAGCUGUGUUUGGAGCAGUUCAUUCAGCAGCUCAGGCCCUUCGUCCCCGGUUGCGACGACCGCAAGCUGAGCCGCGCCUGCUUGCGACGUGCCCAGCGGAUUGAACAGCAGAUUCUGCAGCUGGGAGAGCAGCUGUUCUCGGCUGAAUUCCUUGGAUCUCUGCUGACCCCAGAUGACUUGCAUGGCAUCUGGCACGGCUUCGUGGCGAUGCGCGGAUGGCGAGAUGGCCGGGUGCCACAAGACUUCCCGCGGUGUUUAGCGUCCUCAAGCCCCAACACGUUGCACUUAGCAGCCCGAUAUGAUACCUUGCGGGGAUGGCGCGGUGUCGUCACGCUUGGUCAGCGGCCAUAUUUGCGGCUUGGCAUUGAUUCGAGCACGAAACAGCUGAUCAACAUGUUACACCAAGCUGAAAUUGAGAUCAAGGACAAGGACCUUGAGAUCAAGGACAAGGAGAAGGCCCUUGAGAUCAAGGACAAGGAGAAGGAGAAGGCCCUUUUGAAGAAGGACCUGGCCCAGCUGGAGAAGGACCUUCACCGGAUGACUGCAGAGAAGCUACACGGGGAGGCACGGUACGCUUCCAUCCUGUGCAACCCAUUUUUGCUGGAAGAGGGUUUACUAAAACUAUAUCCAAAAUUGUCCCUGACAGAAGGGUACAAAAAGUUUUCUCCAAAUCUCCUCAAAGCUCAGAAGAAAGGAAGGCCCACUAUGACACCAAGCGCAAAGCAGAUUCUCCAAAACCUCACCCAAGUCUCCAGACAUGCUGCUCAGCAACGUGAUGUUGUGAAAGAUCUCCAAGACCUUGUGCAUGAGCUUUCCAAGGAUAUUCACUAUCCAGAGCUCAAGAGGACAGGCUUUCUAUGCGGUGGGAAACAACCGCUUGGUGCAGCAGUCGCAGUGGCGCUCUGUGAGCUACAGGCAAAAAAGGCGCUUGACAUGAACAUUACAUACGUGGAUGGGAAGUUCAAAGAAGGUGCUUUGCUGAGUGCUGGCUUGGUGCUGCCGAUAGUAUAGAGAGGAUGCAGAGAACUUCUUG